AUGUUUAAGGCCGCCACCAGAUCUUUCUCCUCUUCUCCUUCUGCCGCCUACAAGGUUGCCGUUUUGGGCGCCGGCGGAGGCAUUGGCCAGCCAUUGUCUCUUUUGAUGAAGUUGAACCACAAGGUGACCGACUUGGCCCUUUACGACUUGAGAGGCGCCCCCGGCGUGGCCGCUGACGUUUCGCACGUGCCAACCAACUCCACUGUCAAGGGCUACGAGCCAGAACACUUGGAGGAGGCCUUGAAGGGUGCCGAUGUCGUUGUCAUUCCAGCCGGUGUGCCAAGAAAGCCAGGUAUGACCAGAGACGACUUGUUCAACACCAACGCCUCCAUUGUCAGAGACUUGGCCAAGGCUGUGGCCGACACUGCUCCAAACGCUGCUGUGUGUAUCAUUUCCAACCCAGUCAACUCCACCGUGCCAAUUGUUGCUGAGGUGUUCAAGUCCAAGGGUGUUUACAACCCAAAGAAGUUGUUUGGUGUCACCACCUUGGACGUUUUGAGAGCGUCUAGAUUUGUGUCCGAAGUUGCCGGCACCAACCCAGUCCACGAGAAGGUGACUGUUGUCGGUGGCCACUCUGGUAUCACCAUUGUGCCAUUGUUGUCGCAAACCACCCACAAGGAUUUGCCAGCUGAGACCAGAGACGCCUUGGUCCACAGAAUCCAAUUCGGUGGUGACGAGGUUGUGCAGGCCAAGAACGGUGCUGGCUCUGCCACUUUGUCCAUGGCCCAGGCCGGUGCCAGAUUUGCCGGUUCCGUGUUGAACGGUUUGGCUGGUGAGAAGGACAUUGUCGAGCCAACUUUCGUCGACUCGCCAUUGUUCAAGGACGAGGGUGUUGAGUUCUUCUCCUCCAAGGUUACCUUGGGCGUUGACGGUGUCAAGACUGUCCACCCAUUGGGCGAGUUGUCUGACUACGAGGAGGAAUUGGUCAAGAAGGCCAAGGAGACUUUGAUCACCAACAUCAAGAAGGGUGUUGACUUUGUCAAGCAGAACCCAUAA